AUGCCUUCGGAUGAAGAAUGCCCAUACUUGGAACGGAGCAUUCGAGAAACUCUGCAACAAGCCCAGUUGAAAACCUUGAGACUGGCAUUCUCAGCUCCCCACCCCGAAAAUUGGGUCUUGGUGAAUGAGAAAGACUAUGCCAUCUCGCUCUGUUUGGCAAGACGAUCCUUCUCGGAUUGGAUUGCUAUCGCUGCAUCCGCAACAGUCGAGUUCGAGGGCCUGGUGACAAUGGACCGAGUCCUGGAUGGUCUUGGCACCAAGGACCGCGGCGCCUCGAGCCGGUGUACUUUGUUUUCGGCCUUUUCCCUGGCCGGUAUCUAG